AUGGUGACUCCGGUUCGUGAAGUCCAAGCAGCCGCAGCUGCGGUGAGCUCGGUUCCCGCUCCGGCGGUCAGCCCUGCUUCUGCGGUGAAAGCCGCUACAUCGGUGAGCCAGGAUCCUGUGAGACCUGCGGGUCUUGCGGUGGGAACCGGGCUAGUUGGCCAAAUGGGAGGAAGCCAGGGAGUGGUGGACCCAGCUGUGUUGGCAGUGGAAGAAAUCCGAAAACGGGUGAUGCGGGAGGCAGAGGAGCAGUAUGUUCCAACUGGAGGAUCAUCGUUGACUGAAGCAUUGAGGAACUUGGAGUUGCCGAAGUUGCCAGCUCCGGGUAGCCAAGAUGCAUCCCUCCAGUUCGGCGACUGGAUGACAGCUGUGUAUCCCAUCAUGUGCGAUGUGGCUGGAAGCGCCAAGGAGUGGUGGACACAGACGGUAAGUACUGUAGAACACCACUAUGUGCAGUGGCUGUCUGCAGCACCGCUGGAAAAACUGAGGAUGAAGCCAGAAGCUCCUAGACUGGUGGAACAGUUUGCCAGGCUCGAGCAGACAGGCAUCUCCAUGCUGUUUGGUUGUAUGCCCGAGACCUUGAGGCAGGAGGCCAUUGCCUCACGGCGACUUUCGGCAGUCGGGAUCUUGUUCCGAUUGCUCACAACAUACCAACCGGGAGGAACUGGAGAGCGGACCAGUUUGAUGCGAGGAAUUACCGAUGUGAAAGUGCCAACGGGUUUGGUGGAGAGCUUGGGUACGACCAGGCUUUGGCGCAGGUCAGUGGGGAGAUCAGAGGAGUUGCGUGUGACGGUUGACCCUCUGGUACUGACAGGUGCUGGCUAG